AUGGGGGUGAGGAGGUUAGUGCGGGUGAUGGGGGUGAGGAGGUUAGUGUGGGUGAUGGGGGUGAGGAGGUUAGUGCGGGUGAUGGGGUGUGAGGAGGUUAGUGCGGGUGAUGGGGGUGAGGAGGUUAGUGCGGGUGAUGGGGGUGAGGAGGUUAGUGCGGGUGAUGGGGGUGAGGAGGUUAGUGUGGGUGCGGGUGAUGGGGGUGAGGAGGUUAGUGCGGGUGAUGGGGGUGAGGAGGUUAGUGCGGGUGAUGGGGGUGAGGAGGUUAGUGCGGGUGAUGGGGGUGAGGAGGUUAGUGCGGGUGAUGGGAGUGAGGAGGUUAGUGUGGGUGAUGGGGUGAGGAGGUUAGUGUGGGUGAUGGGGGUGAGGAGGUUAGUGCGGGUGAUGGGGGUGAGGAGGUUAGUGCGGGUGAUGGGGGUGAGGAGGUUAGUGCGGGUGAUGGGGGUGAGGAGGUUAGUGCGGGUGAUGGGGGUGAGGAGGUUAGUGCGGGUGAUGGGGGUGAGGAGGUUAGUGCGGGUGAUGGGGUGA